AUGACGGCGCAGUCUCCGCUUGCGCGAUUUUUUACGAAGAAGGAGCCUGUCAGUUCACCGCCGCAGACGCCGGCGCAACGAGAGGAAAACAAAGGACCAGAAAGUCACCCGGAUGGCGUGCUGUGCACCCCGCCCUCCGUGCCGUCGCGCAAGCGGUGCUUGACCAAACAAGCGGACCAGCUAAGCACGGCGAAGAAACUGAAGGAGGAAGUGCCCCAAACCGCUGCAGUGCCUAAGGCCAGGGACCUCAAGGCCACACUGCAACGCGCGAGCGUGCCUGGUGCGCCUGGCGCGCUGUCGGCAUUCCUGGCGGAGUGCUUUCAUCACUUUGAAAGUGGACAGCAGUACAGUUGGCCCGACUGGAUGAAGCCUGAGAAUCUGCGGGAUGUUCAGGGCUUACGGCCUACGGAUCCCGGGUACAAUGGCAGUACCUUGUGGGUUCCUGAUCCCAUCAAGCAGAAGGCGGAGUACCAGAAAGCGCAGGGCCACAACACCCCGAUGUUGAUGCAGUACUGGAAGCUCAAAUCUGCACAUUUUGACAAGGUGGCCUUUUUUAAGGUGGGCAAGUUUUAUGAGAUUUUUUACUACGAUGCCUUCAUUGCCCAGCGUGUCUGUGGUCUAAAGUGGAUGAGUCAAGACAAGAAGCCUCACGUGGGCUUCCCCGAAAUGGCCAAGCACGAGUACGCCAAGCAGAUCCUGGCGGCAGGCUUCAAGGUGGUGGUGGUCGAGCAGGUCGAGCGCGUGGUGGAAACCAACCAGAGGAAGAGCGAGGAAAAAAACACGGGUUCCGGGCCGAUUUGCGUGGAACGGGCACCCUGCGAGGUCUUCACCAGUGGAACGCUGGUGGACCCGGAGCUGCUGCAAGGUGCGGGCGCGCGAUUCCUUGCCUACCUUCACUUCGAGCAGAGCUCUAAAGGUGGCCUGGAUUUCAGCAUCUGCCUGGUGGAUUGUGCCACCAGCCAAUUCCAGCUGGGCCAAUAUGUGGAUUCGCCGGAUCGCAAUACGUUGAGGACGCUGGUGGCACAGGUACAACCGAGUGAGGUGGUUUACGAUGUGGAGAAUUUGCCCAGCGAGGUCUUGAGCUACUUCCGGCGCUUGCCCUACCGGCCUCAACUCUCGGCCGUCCGGCAGGACGGCGCUUCAGGUCUGUUGGGAGCUCGAGAUCGCUUGAGGAAGUACCGUCAGGAGCAUCCACAGAUCUUCUCUGAAGCGGUGGAAAAAGUGCUGACUCAGGACAGCGCUACCCUGGCGGCUGCGGGGUUGAUGGCCUACCUCACCAGCAGCCUGUUGUCCGAGCGUCUUCUCCCCAUGGCCCUCUGGAGCGUCCUGGACAGCGCCUCAAAGGCCGGGCAAACCGGGCCGACGCCGCGGAUGGUGCUGGAUGCCACGGCACUGGCGGCGAUUGAAGUGGUGGAAACCUUGGAAGGAAGAUAUGAGGGCUGCUUGUUGUCCUUCCUGGAUCACACCAGCACUCCCAUGGGCUAUCGUCUCUUGAGGCAAUGGGUUUGCGCUCCGUUGUACGACUUGGAGGAGAUCGCUCAACGCCAGGAGGCCGUGGAGUUCUUCCUGCAGCGGGGGGAGCUGGCGCAGCAGCUGAGGCAAUCCCUGAAGAAGUGUAUUGCGGGCACGAAAAUCCCGGUCGAUUUGGAACGUGCCACCAGUCGAAUCUGGAGCUACGCCCUACAAGCAGAGAGAAAGGCAGUUAUGUACGAGGACGUGACGGCGCGAAGACUGGGACACUUUGUGGAACUCAUGGAGGUCUUUGAACAGUGCUACAACUUGCUGACCUCGGCCUUUCCAAACGACUUGCCGGGCCGCCUGGCGCGCGUGGCCAAACCCCAGAAGGAGGGUGGAACUCUGCCGGAGCUGCUGCCGACCAUCCGUUGCCUGAAGGGCGCGCUGGUUCAGACGCCCAUGGAGAAGGGGAAUGGUUCGAAGUUCAGGCCGCAGGAUGGUGCAGAUCCGGUCUACGACGAGAAGUGCCGCCAGAUUCGCAGCACGCAGCAGGAACUGGAGAAGGAACUGGAAGGCCUGCGGCAAAAAUAUCCCAAGGUGAGUUUUUGCUUUAUGCAUCGCAUGCCCGGCUACCGCUACGAAGUGGAGUGCGAUGAGCAAGCCAUUGGGUCGCACGCGAAGAAUCUGGACGUGAGCUAUCGCAGCAAGGGGAAGCUGCGAUUCUACACGCCCAGAAUCAAGGAGCUGCUGGCACAACUGGAACACCUGGAAGACCAGCGCGAGGAUUGUAUCUUUCCCUUUCUCUCCAAGCUCUUCCGGGACUUUCACUCACACCAGGCCUCCUUCCGCGCGCUCAUCCGCUGCGUCAGCGAAGUGGACGCCCUGCUAUCGCUCAGCGCGGCCAGCAACGCCCUGUGCGGUGCAUCCUGUCGUGCUGAGCUGGUGGCGCUUGAGGACAUGGCGCCGGCCACGGUCGAGUUGCGCGGCUGCCGCCACCCAGUGGUGGCAGCCAAGAUGGGAAAUGCCUUCGUGCCCAACGACACCUUGAUGAACAGCUGCGAUGUGCCAGGAAUUCUGAUCGUCACGGGGCCCAAUAUGGGCGGCAAGUCGACCGUCCUCCGACAGACUUGUGUGGCUGUGAUCAUGGCGCAGAUGGGCUGUCGUGUGAAUGCGGAGAAGUGUCGCUUGAGCCCGGUGCAACGCAUCUUCACUCGCAUCGGUGCAUAUGAUGCGGUGCUGGAAGGCAAGAGUACGUGGCUCGGCGAUGGCGGCCGCCUGAAGGGCAACAGAAACGAUGGAAAUCAUUGA